AUGUCAUCCUCACCACAACCCACAAGCUUCACGCAAAUGGCCGACGCCGACCUCGAAUCCAUCGGGCGCAACUGCCAAUACGAAUACUGCCGCCAACUCGACUUCCUCCCCUUUCGCUGCGAAUCCUGCCGCGGCACAUUCUGCUCUGACCAUCGCACCGAAACAGCGCACAAAUGUACACAUCCCGGCGAAUGGGCGCGACGGAAGCGAGAACUCAACAAUACUCCAGACCGGGCGACUGGUCGACCUACGGUGAAAUCGACGGUGUAUAAUUCAGAUCAAUGCUCGCAUCCGCAGUGCAAGACGCUGGUUAAUACGCCGACGAGUGUGGGCGUGCAUUGCGACAAGUGUAAUCGGAAGUAUUGCCUGCAGCAUCGAUUGCGUGAAGGACAUGACUGUGCGAAUUUGAUACCUCUCGGGGCGAGGGCAGGAACUGCCAGGGAUAACGGGGCUACGAUACGAUCUAUGUUUUCGAAACUGCGCGGUUUGGGAAAUAUUCAGACGCCUAAGACGCCGAAAAUCAGCUUACCGGCAAGCAUACAGUCGAGGAGAACAACAGGUGGGAGCGCGAUAGCACAACUCAAUGAAAUCAAACGAACAGCAAAGGGCGAAGCAUCCGUUCCAGUAGAUAAGAGAAUAUAUCUGCAUGUCGUUGGCACAACCGAUAAACCAACGGCAAACGACGAACCUCCGUCGGGAAACUUCUGGUUUGAUUCACGCUGGAAAGUUGGACGAGUCCUUGACGAUGCAGCUCGCAAACUCAAAGUUCAGAAUCUGAAUAAUCGUGUUGGGGGCGAGGAAGCGAAACUAAGGAUUUUUCAUGUUGAGUCAGGCGAGUUUUUGGAGUUUUCGGCGGCGAUCGGUGGGGAGGGGAGUAAGAUCAAGUCGGGGCAUACGAUUGUUUUGUUGAGAGGGGCUGGAGUGUUGUUGGAUAAAUGA